GUAGUUCAUUUAAACAUUCCACUCGAAACGAGCUACUCCCCCAAAUUCGAACCCCCUUCCAACCAUCCGCCCCUCCAUUCAUCUUGGAGAACCAAAGUCAUGGCGCACCGCCUCCAGCUCCGUAGCGAUGACUUCGACGUUAUCGGCGCCGUGCCCCGCAAUCUGUCCGUGAUCAAGAACUUCCUGAAGCGGGACUGUGCCAUCAAGAAACUGAUCGACAUCGAGGAAGAGUUCCUGCAGGAAUGCGUAUUGCGCGGCCAGGAUCCCAUGAAUCCGAAGGGUAAACGUGACAGUGACAGUGGGCCACAUGGUAGUGGUUUGGGAUCCAAUGUGCCCGAACCCAAGCCGGAUCCAUGUGCUACCAAGACACCGGAGAACACAUUGGCCUCCGACUACUGUGAUCCCUGUCGCCGACUCAAGACCUCCGUGGUUCUCGAAGAGCUAACCAAGCCGGCCAUCACAAAUCCGGCUUUCAACAAAUCCCUGCCGCCGUACUUCGAUGAAGAGAGCGUGAUGGGCAACUCGUUGCCCGUGAAGUUCCGUUUCCGGCGCAAGUUCAACAAGUGCGACCAGGAGAAGGCCGGCAACCUGAUGUGCACCAACACGCCGAGCACCAAUGUGGUCGUGUUGACCAACUGUUGCGACGUGAUGGUCUGGCCCAGUCAACGGGUGGCCCAGAUGAACCGGGUGCCGGUGACCAUGCUGUCGGGCGAAGCCGAUCUCACGGAGUACAUGCUGGAGGAGGAGACCAUUAUGUGAGGGAAUGGUUGGAUGGGUGCAGCUUUUUGGCACAUAACGCCGAUCAAUAAAGCAUUAACCCC